AUGCCAACGAAAUUGUAUAUUGGUAAUGUGCCUCCAACAGUAAGCUCAACUGAACUGAAAGAAUUAUUUGAAAAAUAUGGGAAAGUACUAGAAUGUGACAUUGUAAAAGAUUAUGCCUUUGUUCAUAUGGAAGAUGCAAGCAAAGCCAAAGCAUCUAUAGCUGCUUUAAAUGAUUUUAAUUUAAAAGGAAGUCGUAUCAGAGUUGAAGUAUCAACAACUCAACUAAGAAAUUCGAGUCGUCCAUCCCGUCGAGAAGAAUCAUCACGUUAUGAAUCAGGUUCAAUGUCAAUGCGAUCAGCUCGAAGUCGAGAUAUGCCAAUGAUGUCAUCAAGUCGAAAUGGUAGUUACUCAGGUGGCGGCGGUCCCGAUCGCUCGUAUCCGAGUAUGCGUAAUAGCUACAUGGAAGCACGAUCUCGUCCGUACGAUUCACCUUAUGAACGUCAACGUAUACCACAACAUAUAGCACCAAUGAGCUAUCCCGAUCCGUACAGUCGUCCUGGUGGUGAUCCGUACAGUAUGCGUAGUGGAGGUGUUGAUCCGUAUGGUCGCGACGACUUUUAUCAUCAUCGAGGACCACCAAUGUCGAUUGCUGAUCAUUAUGGACGUGGACCACCGAUGCGGUCUGCUUACGAUGCCUACGCUGCUUAUUCGUCUGGACCGAGUUCAAUGGGACCACCACGAAGUCGUUAUCCUGCAUCUCCACCAUCAUCACGUUAUGGGUCAUCACCACGAUUAUCAUCAUCGUCUCGUCGUCCAGCAAGAAGAUCACCGCCGCCACCACCAUCGAGUUCAUCACGAUCGCGUCGAUAA